CAUGGAGGUGGUGUCUAUUGUCAUCAGUACCACCCUAGAACUCUCCACUUUGGAAAAUGGAGCAAUACAUCUGAUAUACCCUACAGUGCUCACACCCAUUGUAAGAGGUGAAAAUGGGGGGAGAUCAAAUGAAACAAGGUUUUGCAGUGACAAAAGAGGGACAUCAUGAAAUUGGGCUAAAGACCUGAAUGUGCAGCCUCAGGCAACCUCCAAUUUCUUGGAGAGGACUCAUCUGUUUUCCAUUCAUUCAUCUUCAGUAACUGCUUUAUUUAGCCUUAACAUUAAAACCACCUGCCUAACAUUGUGCAUCUUCCCCUAAGAGGUGGGUUUUUCAUGGUUCAGACUGGUUUGUCCAGCACAUCCCAAAGAUGCUGAUCAGAUUGAGAUCUCAGGAUUUUUUAAGGCAAGUUGACUUUCAUCUCAUGUUGCUCAAACCAUUCAUCAAACAAUUUUUGCAAGUGUAGCAGGGUGCAUUAUCCUGCUGAUAGAGGCCACUGCCAUUAGGGAUUACCGUUUCCAUGAAGGGGUGUGCAUGGUCUGUAACAAUAUAAUAUUGCGAUACAUGUCACAUAAGUCAUGAAUGAUAUGACCCAAGUUUUCUCAGGAGAACAUUGCCCAGAGCACAAUACAGUGCCUGUUGGCUUGCCUUCUUCCCUUGGUGCAUCCUUUUGCCAUCUCUUACCCAUAAGUCCAUGUUGAUAAAAUCAUGUGAUUCAUCAAACCAGACCACCUUCUUGCAAUGCUUCAUGGUCCAACUCUCACAUGCCCAGUGUAGGUGGUUUUGGUGGUGAAAAAGGGUCAGCUGGGCACUCUGACCAGUCUGUGGCGACACAGCCCCAUAAGCAGCAAGCUGCAAUGCACCUUUCUAUCAAAUCCAGCAUUAACUUUUUCAUCAAUUUGUGCAUCAGUAGCUUUUCUGUGGGAAUGGACCAGAUGGGCUAGCCUUUGAUCCCCAUGCAUAUUUUUGAGCCUUGGGCAGCCAGUAACCUUUUGCCAGUAAACUGGUUGUCCUUCCUUGGACCACAUUUGGUAGGUACUAACCAUUGUUUAAUGGAAACACUCCAAAAGACCUGAUGUUUUGGAGAUGUUCCAAAAUCAGUCGUCUUGCCAUCACAAUUUAGCCCCACAGAUGCUCAGAUCCUUACAUUUGCCCAUUUUUUCAGACAGCUAGUUAGUUAGACAAAUAUCAGAAAUGGAUGCAAAUAAUCAAACUUAUUGCUUAUAAGCCCACACACCAUUAACUCAAGCGGUUCACAGGAGUGACGUUUUAAAAGCCUAUUGUGCAAUGAGCUAAUCAGACUAUUAAGAGGUAGGUAUACAUCUAGACUCUUCUCUGUUCUGGCACCAAAGUGGUUGGAAUGAACUUCCCUGAUGAAGACUUACCUCUUUCUAAAACACUUAAACUAGCUUUUAUUUUCCCUGUUUGUUUUAUGUAUUGUUGUAUGUUGUUUAAAAAACCUGAUGGUAUUCUAAGUCUGUGACCUAUUGGUCCAGUGUUAAUGUAUUUAUUGAUAGAGACUUCAACGCACUUUUAUACAUCGCUCUUGAUAAGGGCGUCUGCCUGAAAUGGCAUUGCCAGAGUUUAAUGAAUGAACACUGCAAUACUGUACUGAGCUAUUUAAUUAUUUGUUUUGCUAAUAUACUGAAUUCUACUCAGAUUGAUGAAUACUAUAGACACUUAUAAACAUUUCAUUGCUACAUUUUAAUGUAUGGGAAAUUGGAAUUCCUGUGUAGUGUUAAUGCAGUUGCCUGUAGAAUACAGCAAGUAUGUCAUGCCAGUCCAUUACAGAUUAUCUGACUUUUCAGUGUUCGUUUCUGCAUCCUUAACAAUAAUAAUAACUACACUAAGGUUUUUCUCCCACCCCCACUGAAGUGCAACAAGGUGUUUUGGAGGUGUUUCUGGCAAGCAGGAGAAGAUGCUGGAAAUGAAUGAGCGUUGCAUUCAUUCACUGUUUUCUAGCCCUGCAACCAACCUCACCCCCUAUGAGCUCAACUUCCAGCUGCUGGUUCGAGGGGCUUGUCUACUCGCAGGCCUAGAGAGCCCGACCCAUGCACUACGGGCAGAUGCAGACCCUAGUGCCCAAUCUGCCUCUGCUACUUACAUCACCCUUGCAGAGGAGCACCUGUAUGACCGGCACUUGGAAAUAAUCCUGCAUCUGAGUGAGCCUCAUAGCCCUUUGGUCAUCUUGGAGAGGGGUCGGCUUACCUUCAACCAGUAUGAGCAGCAAAUCAGUGCUCGCCGUGAUUUCAUUCGUCGUGUACAUAAAGAAGCAGAACCUGAGAAAAAACUGGAGUUUGUGAGAAAGCGUUACCACAAGGAUGUGCUGAAUAACCCGGUGCUGAUGUUGAACUUUUGUCCGGAUUUGCUGUCUGAGCCACUGGAGCUCCAGCAGGCAUCCCGAGAACUUCUGUUCCUAAUCAACUGCAGCAGGAACAUGACCCAGCACAGCAUUAACAAGAUCAAGGAAGGUAUGCUGGUGGCCAUUAAGAGCCUUCCUAGUAGCACAAUGGUAAACAUCACUGGCUUUGGCUCCAUCAUAAAGCCUUUAUAUACCGCCAGUAAGCCCUGCACUGAUAUUAUUAUGGCCCAGGUUUUAGAUUAUGUACAGAAUUUGCAUGAGGAUCUGGGUGGCAGUAACCUGUUGGGGGCACUGUCCUGGGUGUACCAUCAGCCUACUCAUCGUAGCUGUCCUCGACAGCUCUUCAUCCUCACUGACGACUCACUAAGCAAUGUUGGUCAAGUUCUAGAACUUGUCAGGAGGAACACUUGUAAUGCCAGAUGUUUUGCGCUAGGUCUAGGGUCAAGGGCCUGCAGGAGGCUCCUUUACAGUGUUGCAAAGCUGACGGGAGGAAGAGCAGAAUUUCUCUGUGAUGAUGAGAGGCUGCAGCCAAAGCUGAUAAAGUGUCUGAAGAAGGCUUUGGAGCCUGCACUGACAGAUGUGCGCAUUGACUGGUAUGUGCCUGACAACAUGGAGGCUCUUCUCUCACCUAAUGAGGUCCCUCCACUCUAUCCAGGGAGCCGUUUGAUUGGCUACUGCACUCUCUAUGAUGUCUCCGCUUUCAAAGUUAAGAAGAAUGAUGUGAAGAAUCAGGCCAACAGACUCUUGCCAUAUGGUUCAUUUGGAUCGGUUUUUGAGGUCUCUCCUGGAUCAUCUGAGCUGGCUGAAAGAGAAGGAAGAACAGAACUGGGAUAUGAAGAGGACACUGAAGAUACACUAAGAGAAAUCACCUCUGAGUUUCCUUGCGCUCCAGCCACAGACAACAAUUUGGCCACUGAUGACUACACUGCAAGUGAUGUGCGAUGGCGGAUGGAGCAGACGUCAUAUGUGCAGGAACAGUACACAUUAACGCGGUGCUCUAUUGGCAGUGAGAGGGGUGGUUUUCCCUCCUUCACUCCGCUAGCCGAGUGCCUCUCUCUGGGCUUGGACACUGCAUCACUUCCUCACGGCUUGGAGAGAGUGCAGCCUCAACACAGCCAUAGUCUUACACGCUGGGACACAUCAUGGAAACAAAACACCACUUCAUCAGUGGAGGCAGAGUCUGGGAAGGCUAGCCGGCUGUUAGAUGGUGAAGGUGGUGUGCUCAGACAGAAGACUUUAGCCCGUGCUGCACUGGCUGGUCGCAGUUUUUCUUCACCACAGGGUGAUUUGGACAUGCACCGACUGAGAAGGGCAUUGGAGAGAGUCUCAAUCGAGCAGGCAAUGGGGGGCAGACUGGAGGAGAGUGAUACGGAGUCACACAACAUUCCCCAAGGAGCUCUGUCUCUCACAGACUCCAAUGGUUUUCUCUUCCCAGCAUCACCGUUGGACUGGGAUGGUUUCACUGAUCCUGAAUCAAUAUUUGCAGCUGCUCCUGUUAUGCAGGUACCAUGCCGGUCGGUUAUCCAUGGCCUGAUAGGGUCAAAGCCUAUGUCCUGGGAGGUCAGCAUGGACCUGUGUGUCCUUUGGAGUUCUGAAGAAGCACCACGAGAUGCCUGGGAUGAGAUUGUCCACCAUCUUGCUGCCCGCUCUGUCAUCCGAGAUUUUGAGAACAUGGCAGAGAAGGAGACGGACAUAGAGAAUGGUUCAUCAAAGCGUUACAGAAUGAAAGCCAUCCAGACUAGCAAGAGCUGUGGAAUCAUCUCCAUGUAUACAAUCUUCAGCACUACUGAUGUCAGCACCAGGAAAAUGUUUUCAAAUUCUGCAGACACACGACACUCAGGUGUCCGUUUUGGGAGUAGACACACUUCUGGUACCAGGAGCCAGAGGGCAUACUCUGUUGGUCACAGACCAUCCAGCGCAGACAGUCGGGAAAUAGAGGACUCGCACAACUCCAUAGACAGAGAAAACACUUCAUCUUCUCCACACAGUCUGGUAUCUUUGGGCAGCAAUGUGGGUCCUGGCAGUCCAUCUGCUGCCUCAUCCCAUUCUCAACGUUCACUUGAAAGCAAGUCCAUGGAGAGUUUCUUCAGCUCCAGAUUUAAUCUUGGCAGACUAAGACCUAGCCACAUCUCGGGAAGGCAAACUCCACUUAAACCUCAAUGCCUGUUUGCCGAAUCUGAAACAGAUUCCCAGUCUCCUGACUAUCUGCCUCUGUUGCGUUUGCAGCUUGCUUCGGGUGCCUUCCUGCUGUCUGAGUCAUUUUCUGAGUCCAUUCACAUCCCGCUGGAUCGUCUAAAGCGAGCAUCACCGUACCUGAUCCACCGCAGAAGCUUAAGCCCUCCUUACCACUGUGUUUCUUCCUCCAACAUGCGCCCCAUUGCCUCCUACAGGCUAGAUGACCAGAGUACCACACGCCCACCUCAUGUUAGCUCAGGCCAAACAUAUUUCAAUGAUCCCCUUAACGUUCUUCCACAACCUUUCACCUCAGAGAAAGGCUCUUUAGAAGUUAUGGGGGGACACCCACAGGCUGACAGUGGGCGUGGCUCUGAAACAGACAUGUGCGAGGAGGCAGAACCACAGGGGGAAGAGCUCGCACAGCUGGAUGUGGAGAGUUCCAGCUGGGCAACGUCUGUGGCUUUGGCAUGGCUUGAGCACCACUGUGCAGGCUUUUUUGUGGAAUGGGAGCUGGUGGCAGCCAAGGCAGACUUCUGGCUCAAAUGUCAAUUACUUCCAGAGGGUGUAGACCUGCCAGGGCUGAAGGCAGCCGCUAGACAGCUAUUUCUACUGCUGCGCCACUGGGAUGAAAAUCUACAGCUUAACAUGCUCUGCUACAACCCAAAUUACAUGUGACAAAACCAAUUCAAUCAAAUUCAGCAUGCACUGCUACAACUAAGUGUGAUUGAAUGUUCAGUUUCACAAAAUGCUCUACUUUUAUGUAUUAAAACAAACACACUUUAUAAUUCCUUUGGUGCAGUGCAACCUCCAACUGGAUAUGUCCUUAAAAAUCAAAAUAACUGGAACUGGAAGAAAAAAAAAAACUGGGAAAAAGACUCUAAUCACAAUCCUGUAUCUUUAUUUAUGGUCCAACAAUACAUACCAGAAAAUAGUUUUUUUUCAAUGAUCUGCGAUGAAACACUGGUGUAAUAUUUACAAAUUCUCUCUAACCUAGUUCUGCACAGUCAAAAUUAGACCCCAAAAUAGAAAAGGAGCCAUUUUCAGACUCACCUUAAAAUGUUUAGUAUUGCGAGGCAUUUAGAAUAUAUGAUAUCUAUACAGCAGCUGCCAUUUUAUGGCAAUUAAAUUAAAUGAUAAAUUAUAUUAUUGUAAUAACAAAGAACUAUUUAGUCUGACAGCCAAAAGUACUUUCCUGAGUGUGGCUGCAUUUGUCUUUGACAUUUUCAGCUAACUUCUGGCAAAAUCACAGACUAUUAUACAUUUAAAUCUGUGAUGUAGUAAUCUGUUUCUACAGAAAUUGCUUCACCUAAAAUUACUGCAGGGAUUUAAACUUGAGUUUUCUUUCUGUCGUUUUUGCUUACUGCUGGAAACUUUGUUAAAAUCUGAAAAUCUUGCAAUAAACUUUAUUUUUAAAAACAA